CCGCCGCCGCCGCCGCACUUCCGUCCAGGUGAGCAGGCCAACGCACUUCCGCCCAGGUGAGGGCAGCCGCCGUACUUCCGCCAGGUGCGGAGGCCGCGCCCGCGCAGCCCCGGGGGCUCCCACUGCGCUGUCGCCUGACCAGGCCUUUUAAAAGUGAUUGAAAAGGAUAAUCCAAAAUGCCUGAAAAUCCUGCUACAGAGAAAAUGCAGGUCCUGCAGGUCCUCGAUCGCCUGAGAAUGAAAUUGCAGGAGAAGGGUGACACGACGCAGAAUGAGAAGCUGUCUGUGUUUUAUGAGACGCUGAAGAGUCCUCUCUUUAACCAGAUCCUUACUCUCCAGCAGUCCAUCAAGCAGCUGAAGGGACAACUUAGCCAUAUCCCCUCAGAUUGUUCAACCAACUUUGAAUUUUCUCGGAAGGGUUUGCUAGUGUUCACGGAUAGUUCUAUUACAAAUGGGAAUGCCCACAGACCUUGUAGUAAUUUACCUGCAUCUGGAUUAUUGCCUUGGACCCCAAAGUCAGGAAAUGAAGACUUUAACUCAGUCAUUCAGCAGAUGGCUCAGGGCCGGCAUGUCGAAUAUAUAGAUAUAGAACGUCCUUCAACUGGAGGCCUUGGGUUCAGUGUGGUGGCCCUAAGAAGCCAAAGCCUGGGAUUAAUUGAUAUCUUUGUGAAGGAAGUCCAUCCAGGGAGUGUAGCAGACAGGGAUCAAAGACUGAAGGAAAAUGACCAGAUUUUGGCCAUUAAUGACACCCCAUUGGAUCAGAAUGUUUCCCAUCAGCAGGCGAUCACAUUACUGCAACAAGCCACUGGAUCUCUUCGUCUGGUUGUGGCCAGGGAAGUGGGCCACACACAGGGUCGUACUUCCAUCAGCUCAGCUGAUACGUCUCUGCCUGAAAUGGUGUGUUGGGGCCACACUGAAGAUGUUGAACUCAUUAAUGAUGGCUCUGGAUUAGGUUUUGGGAUAGUUGGAGGAAAGUCAAGUGGCGUGGUCGUGAGGACUAUUGUUCCUGGAGGACUCGCAGACCGAGAUGGGCGACUACAGACAGGGGACCACAUCUUGAAGAUUGGCGGUACAAAUGUGCAAGGGAUGACCAGUGAGCAAGUUGCUCAGGUGCUAAGGAACUGUGGGAAUUCAGUGAGGAUGCUUGUGGCCAGAGACCCUGUUGGUGAAAUUACAGUAACACCUCCUACGCCUGCAUCCUUACCUGUUGCCCUGCCUGCUGUAGCCAACAGGACCCUUGGUUCUGACUGUUCUCCUUUUGAAACUUAUAAUGUCGAACUUGUUAAAAAAGAUGGACAGAGUCUUGGGAUUAGAAUUGUUGGCUAUGUUGGAACAGCUCAUUCAGGGGAAGCUUCAGGGAUUUAUGUGAAAAGUAUAAUACCAGGCAGUGCUGCAUACCACAAUGGCCAAAUUCAAGUGAAUGACAAAAUAGUGGCUGUGGACGGUGUGAAUAUUCAGGGUUUUGCCAAUCAGGAUGUUGUUGAAGUAUUACGAAAUGCAGGAGAGGUGGUACACCUAACCCUAGUUCGCAGGAAAACAUCUUCAUCUGAUUCUCCAUUUGAACAGCCUUCAGGCAGAGGAACUGUUGCAGAACUGCCUAAAGUAUCAGCCCUAACAGGAUUCCAGAAAACAGAAAUGAAUUUGGAUACUGAAGCGGAGGAAAUUGGAGAAAGACUCGAUAUUUUGAAAAAGGACAACAUACAAGCCUUAGAAAAACCAGAUGUAACUCCAGAGAAAGUCCCAGGCUCUCCAGAAAAUGAGCUGAAAUCCAGAUGGGAAAACCUACUGGGCCCAGAUUAUGAAGUAAUGGUAGCUACUUUGGACACACAGAUUGCAGAUGACGAGGAGCUACAGAAGUAUUCAAAGCUGCUGCCUAUUCACACUCUGAGACUUGGUAUGGAAGUGGAUUCCUUUGACGGGCACCACUAUAUCUCUUCAGUUGCUCCUGGUGGUCCUGUGGAUACCCUGAACCUCCUACAGCCGGAAGAUGAACUUCUUGAGGUCAAUGGCGUGCAGCUUUACGGGAAGUCUCGCCGAGAAGCAGUCUCUUUUCUUAAAGAAGUACCUCCACCGUUUACCUUGGUUUGCUGUCGCCGACUGUUUGAUGAUGAGGCUUCAGUUGAUGAGCCUAGAACCAUGGAACCUUUACUUCUCGAGGCAGAGGGUGACCGCAGUGUAGAUGUCAGCGCUGAAGACGACGAUGAUGGGGAGUUGGCCCUGUGGUCCCCUGAAGUCAGGAUUGUAGAGCUGGUGAAAGACUCUAAAGGCUUGGGAUUCAGCAUUUUGGAUUAUCAGGACCCAUUGGAUCCCACAAGGUCAGUUAUUGUGAUUCGCUCCUUGGUAGCAGAUGGUGUAGCAGAAAGAAGUGGAGAGCUUUUACCUGGAGAUCGCCUAGUCUCAGUCAAUGAGUUCUCUUUGGACAAUGCCACACUUGCUGAGGCUGUGGAAGUGUUGAAGGCUGUGCCCCCAGGUGCUGUACAUCUUGGCAUCUGUAAGCCUUUGGUGGAAGAUGAGAAGGAAGAAAGUUUUAUUUUACAUUCAAACAACAAUGAAGACAACAGUGAGCCUUCAGAAACUGUUCAUGACAUACAGUCAUCUUUAAUCCUUGAGGCACCCAAGGAAUUUAGAGAUGAGCCAUAUCUUGAAGAACUUGUGGACGAACCAUUUCUAGAUUUGGGAAAAUCUUUACAGUUCCAACAAAAAGAAAAGGACAUCAACUCAGAAGCCUGGGAAAUGCAUGAAUUUCUGAGCCCUCACCUGGAGGGAGGGGGUGAGGAAAGAGAGAUGCUUGUUGAUGAGGAAUAUGAACUCUAUCAAGAUCACCUCCGGGCCAUGGAGUUCCACCCAGCACCACACAUUCAGGAGGCCACACAUGCACCUUCGAGACAGGAGCUCCAGGUUGACACACAGUGGCUGUCUGCCACCCUCUCCGGAGGGGAAGCACCCGAGUGUCCCGAUGCAGAGUCCAUGAGGAGCGAAUAUUCCCAGGAGAUGCAGCAGUAUAGCUACAGCACUGCAGACAUGAUGAAAGAGACGUUUGGCCUUGAUCCCCUGCCACCCCUGCCGUCCUCGGAAGGAAAUGGCCAGCACAGCAGAUUUGAUGACGCGCAACAUCUUCAUUCGCUGACGAGCAACAGCCUGGACUUAGGCAUGAUGAUGCCCAGUGAUACCCAAGGUCCUGGCAUGCUCGUCGAUCUUCCAGCUGUUGCCCAAAGAAGAGAGCAAGAAGAUUUGCCUUUGUACCGACUCCCCAGCGCCCGGGUUGUCUCCAAGCCUUCAUCACACAUGGGAAUGGUGUCCUCAAGAUACGCGAAUGCUGCAUGUGAGUUACCCGAGAGAGAGGAAGGUGAAGGGGAAGAAACGCCAAACUUCAGCCACUGGGGUCCACCAAGAAUUGUUGAGAUUUUUAGAGAACCUAAUGUGUCUCUCGGAAUCAGCAUUGUUGGUGGACAAACGGUUAUAAAACGCCUAAAGAAUGGAGAGGAGCUCAAGGGUAUAUUCAUCAAACAAGUGUUAGAAGAUAGUCCUGCAGGAAAAACCAAUGCUCUUAAAACUGGAGAUAAAAUACUUGAGGUGUCUGGCAUAGACCUGCAGAAUGCCUCCCAUGCAGAAGCUGUGGAGGCCAUCAAGAACGCAGGAAACCCUGUCGUGUUCGUGGUACAGAGCCUGUCAUCCACCCCCAGGGUCAUCCCGAGUGUGCACAACAAAGGCAAACCAUCUGCCAGGAACCAGGAUCAAGAGACUCCAGAAAGAAGAGCAAAGAGGCACGGAACAGCUCCACCUCCAAUGAAGCUGCCUCCGCCUUACAGAGCUCCGUCUGUGGACAGUGAGGAGAGCGAGGAAGAAUGUGCCCUGAUCGACAAAAAGAUCAGGCAAAGAUAUGCAGACUUGCCUGGAGAAUUGCACAUUAUCGAGCUGGAAAAGGAUAAGAAUGGACUGGGACUCAGUCUUGCUGGCAAUAAAGACCGGUCAAAGAUGAGCAUAUUUGUGGUGGGGAUUAACCCAGAGGGACCGGCUGCUGCAGAUGGACGGAUGCGGAUUGGAGAUGAACUGCUAGAGAUAAAUAAUCAAAUCCUUUAUGGGAGAAGUCAUCAAAAUGCAUCUGCCAUUAUUAAGACUGCCCCAAGCAGGGUCAAACUGGUUUUCAUUAGGAACGAAGAUGCCGCCAGUCAGAUGGCCGUUGCCCCCUUCCUGUUGCCGUCAAACUCCCCGUCACCUGUCGAGGAGCUGGGUAGCACUGAACCUGUCAGUAGUGAGGAAGACAGCAGUGUGGACGUUAAACAUCUGCCUGAAACUGAGAGCCCCAAACUGGAAGACCUGUCCCAGGUGGUUGAUCACAACAUGGGGGCAGAGCAGCAGAAGGCAUUGGAGUCACCUGACACUGUGGCUGCCUGCCAGAUGAAACAGCAAACAUAUUCGUCACGAGCCCCCUUCAACUCACAAGAGACCCCAUUAGCACCAAGUCCGUUGAGUCAGGCAGAAGAUACAGACUUCACAGACCCUGGUAACUUCCAGGCUCCUCUCUCAGUGGACCCUGCAACAUGUCCCAUUGUCCCUGGCCAGGAAAUGAUCAUAGAGAUAUCCAAGGGGCGCUCAGGGCUUGGUCUCAGCAUUGUAGGAGGAAAAGAUACGCCUUUGGAUGCUAUAGUUAUCCAUGAAGUCUAUGAAGAAGGUGCUGCAGCCAGAGAUGGGAGACUGUGGGCUGGAGACCAGAUAUUAGAGGUUAACGGGGUUGACCUGAGGAGCUGCAGCCAUGAAGAAGCCAUCACAGCCCUGAGGCAGACCCCGCAGAAGGUGCACCUGGUGGUGUACAGAGACGAGGCACAGUACAGAGAUGAGGAGAACUUGGAGGUGUUCCUUGUGGAUUUGCAGAAGAAGACUGGCCGAGGACUGGGCCUGAGCAUUGUUGGGAAACGGAGUGGAAGCGGAGUGUUUAUUUCUGACAUUGUGAAAGGCGGAGCCGCAGACCUUGAUGGCAGAUUGAUUCAGGGAGACCAGAUCUUGUCUGUGAAUGGAGAGGACAUGAGACAUGCCUCACAGGAGACAGUGGCCACCAUCCUCAAGUGUGUCCAAGGCCUCGUGCAACUGGAGAUUGGGAGACUCCGAGCCGGUUCCUGGGCCUCCUCUCGGAAGACCGCUCCAAACAACCAGGGGGAUCAGCACGGUGCACACAGCAGCUGCCGCCCCUCCUUCGCCCCUGUCACUGGCCUACAAAACCUGGCUGGCACAAAAAGAGCUUCUGAUCCUCCACAGAAAUGCACAGAGGUGGGACCAAGGACUGUUGAGAUAAUCAGAGAGCUCAGUGAUGCCCUUGGAAUCAGUAUUGCUGGAGGAAAGGGAAGUCCUUUGGGAGAUAUCCCGAUAUUUAUUGCCAUGAUUCAGGCCAGCGGAGUGGCCGCACGCACCCAGAAGCUUAAGGUUGGAGAUCGGAUUGUGAGCAUUAAUGGGCAACCCCUGGAUGGACUGUCUCACACAGAUGCUGUUAAUCUACUGAAGAAUGCCUUCGGGCACAUUAUCCUGCAGGUUGUGGCAGACACCAAUAUAAGUGCCAUAGCGACUCAGCUUGAAAUCAUGUCUGCAGGCUCCCAGCUUGGCUCUCCAACUGCUGACCACCAUCCAGAAGACAUGGAAACACCUGCACCUAAGAUUAUUACUUUGGAGAAAGGCUCUGCAGGAUUGGGGCUUAGUAUUGUAGGGGGUUAUGGAAGUCCACACGGAGACCUGCCAAUAUAUGUCAAGACUAUAUUUGCAAAGGGAGCAGCUGCUGAGGACGGCCGAUUAAAACGAGGUGACCAGAUCUUAGCUGUCAAUGGCGAGCCCCUGGAAGGUGUUACUCAUGAGCAAGCCGUCGCCAUUCUGAAGCAGCAGACAGGGACUGUAGCCUUGACUGUGCUGCCGUGAGCACUGAUCCUGGUCAUGACGUACGGAAAUACACAAUUCUGUGGCUUCCAGUUGGGAUGAAAAGUUGCCUCAGCUAAAAGUCAGCAUCGUCACUGCUCCGAUUCUGUUUACAGAGACUGGAGCUGCAGCCUCUGCUUCCUGCCCUCAUCCCUCCCACAUCCUUCCCACAGAGGCUUAACUGCAAGCUCCCUCGGUUUCAUCUAAUGAGUGGAAGCAAAGGUUUAGCUUGUCAUCUUAACUCGUGAUUUACUUAUGCUAAUUUGUCUCUUCAAAUAAGGCAGAAAACAUUAGCAGUGCAAUUAACUUCCCCACAAUGAACUGUUCAUACUCUGCUGCUGGGAAUUACUGCAGUCUCUUCCGUGUGUCUCACAGUCAAGUCGAUCUCCACUCCCUGCCUCUAGCUACAUCUGUUGUCAUUGGUGAUUUUGAGGAGUCCAUUUGUAGAUUCUGUAGUCUACUCAGCAUUCUGAAAAGGUUUGUUUCUGAGUUUCACACGUGCACACUGCUCAUCAAGUGUGCCUUGAUCCCCACAGAAGCAAGUAGUCCUGAAUCCUCGCCACGCUAGCUCACAUUGCUGGAAAGCUACACGGAGUGAUGGGCAUCUUAGCAGGUGGGGUCACCCAUCCCCCUCCCACCCGUAGACCACACUGGAGAGAUGAGCAAGUCUGGGCAUCCUCGGCCUGACUCAAAGUGAGUGACAAGUUCGGUUUGCUUUCCCUUACCUCCACACCAGCCUGCACAGUAGCUCAGCCCCAAGUCAAUGUGCAGCAUUUGAACAUAGAAAAGGAUCAGUGACCUGGGAAUCAGCGCUCAGCUUGGGUUUCCCAGUCUCCUCCUCCUCCUAUUGGCUGCAGCUCUGCAGCUAAGAAAGCUACUGUAGCAGAAGCCGGAGAGGACUCCUAGAGGGAUAUGGGCUGGGAGGGGAUGCUAGUCACUGAGUUCUGUAGGAUCUUCUGUUGAAAACAAAGAAGCCCACCCUGAAAGGUGAUCACAGGGUCAGCAUUGACUGUAUUCCAGCUUUGUUUAACUAUAACUCAUGCUGCAAAUUAUUCAAUAAUCACCUGGACUUAAUGGGCCCUAAUGUAAAAUGGUAUUUAAUCAGUGAGGAUUUUAACUGAGACUCCCUUUGAGUAGAUGUAAUCACAAAGUGCAUUAACUCUUGCUGUAAUAUUUUUGUGGCUAUUCCAAAGUGCAGAGUGCCUCAGGUUUAUGUUGACAAUGCAUCUCCAUGACUGGUAUUAAGGUUUUUGAAAUUCCAUAGGGUUUUUAGAAUUUCUAAUGUAUCUAAGAUACAUGGCUUUGUUAGGAUCCCGUCUCCCAGUUCAUGAGAAGCCACCAGCUUCAGUGUUCUGUGUGAAUGAUACCUGUAUGAACAUCUCAAGCAGCAGAGACCAAAUGAAGCCCAGAUGAAAAUGUACCUUAAAAGAUAAAGAUAGCUGCAUUAAUGCUUUCUAAGUGUAAUUUUGCUUAAUUUUGGUGGAAUGACCUUAAAUACACAUUUUGAAAUAA